AGGCGAGGGGGGCGUGUCGUGUACCGGUUGGGGUGUCUCGCGCUUGGUGACAGCUCGCGCGUGCUGAUGAUGGCGGGCUUUUAUAUUACAUUUCUUUUUCUCAUGAAUAUCCAAAGCUGCUGAAAGGAAACUUUACCUCCUAUUGACUGAAAUGGGGAUGUUCCGGCCACUGAUUAUUGAAUUGCGAGAAUAUUUAAAUAUGAAUCGGUUAAAGCAGCGGAGUUUUAUGUAAGACAUGGAUAGAUGCAAACAUGUUGGGCGGCUAAGACUUGCCCAGGAUCAUUCCAUUCUGAAUCCCCAGAAGUGGUACUGCAUGGACUGUAACACCACCGAAUCCAUUUGGGCUUGCCUAAAAUGUUCCCAUGUGGCAUGUGGAAGAUAUAUUGAGGACCAUGCACUUAAACACUUUGAAGAGACCAGGCAUCCUUUGGCUAUGGAAGUAAAUGAUCUGUAUGUAUUUUGCUAUCUUUGUGAAGACUAUGUAUUGAAUGAUAAUCCCGAGGGUGACCUGAAAUUACUGAGGAGUUCUUUAUCUGCAGUUAAAAGUCAGAAGCAUGAUCCUUCUGCUAGAAGUGGUAGGACAUUGCGGUCAAUGGCUUUGGGGGAGGAUGUUUGCAACCAUCAAAGAGCACCUCAGGGACAACCUCAGAUGCUUACAGCUCUCUGGUAUAGACGGCAAUCGUUGCUUGCAAAAGCAUUGCGAACAUGGUUUGAUAAAAGUUCUAGAGGCCAACAAAAAUUAGAACAAAAAAAGCAAAUGGAAGAACUGGAGAGGAAAAAGGAAGUGGCCAGGCAGCGACGUCAAGAGAUGAAACGGAGAUUGUUAGAGGAGCUGGCAAACACUCCUCCAAGAAAAAGUGCCAGGCUUUUAUCGCACAUUCACAGAGAGAACCUGAUUCCUCGGAAGUUCAGAGAUAUGGAAGCUAGUUCCCCUACCUCAAGACGAGUGCAAAGUAGCAAAUUCAAACAAUUCUAUUCCAUCCGGCGUAAACCUCUUAUGACUCCUGGUGUGACUGGACUAAAGAAUUUAGGAAAUACGUGCUACAUGAACUCUAUCCUUCAAGUAUUAAGUCACCUCCAGAAAUUUAGAGAAUGUUUCCUGACACUGGACCUUUGUGAAACUGAAGAACUUUUAGCUAAGACUGUAAUUGGAAAAUCUAGAAUAUCUGGAAAGCUAGUCACCGGAUCUACUCCAACGGAGUCAGGCAGAAAUGAUCAACUGGGUUCAUUUGGCAGGCAAAGCCUAUCUGUUGGUUUAAAUGGUGGGUCCUCAAUAAGCAAAAGUUUAGAACUAAUACAGCCCAAGGAACCAAGUUCAAAGCACAUCUCUCUCUGCCAUGAACUGCACACACUCUUCAGAGUUAUGUGGUCUGGGAAGUGGGCUUCAGUGUCUCCUUUUGCCAUGCUACACUCUGUAUGGAGUUUGAUUCCAGCAUUUCGAGGUUAUGAUCAGCAAGAUGCUCAGGAAUUUCUUUGUGAAUUGUUAGACAAAGUGCAGCAAGAGCUGGAAUCAGAAGGAACAAAACGCAGGAUCCUCAUCCCUUUUCCACAAAGGAAGCUCACCAAGCAGGUCCUGAAAGUGGUGAACACUAUUUUCCACGGGCAGCUACUCAGUCAGGUGACCUGUAUAACAUGUAAUUAUAAAUCCAAUACUGUGGAACCCUUCUGGGAUCUUUCCCUGGAAUUUCCAGAACGUUAUCAUUCUAUCAAUAAAGGGAUUGUGCCUCUUAAUCAAACUGAGUGCAUGCUGACUGAAAUGUUGGCCAAAUUCACAGAAACAGAAGCUUUGGAAGGGAGAAUUUAUGCAUGUGACCAGUGUAACAGCAAACGACGGAAGUCUUCUCCCAAACCUCUUAUUCUAAGUGAAGCUAAAAAGCAGUUAAUGAUCUACAGACUACCUCAGGUCCUCCGGCUGCACCUUAAACGAUUCAGGUGGUCUGGACGUAAUCACCGUGAGAAGAUUGGGGUCCAUGUCCUCUUUGACCAGGUAUUAAACAUGGAACCUUACUGCUGCAGGGAUACUUUCUCCUCUCUUGACAAAGAGACCUUUGUCUAUGACCUCUCGGCUGUGGUGAUGCAUCACGGGAAAGGGUUUGGCUCAGGACAUUACACGGCAUAUUGCUACAACACAGAGGGAGGGUUUUGGGUCCACUGCAAUGACUCCAAACUGAAUGUAUGUAGCGUGGAGGAGGUAUGCAAAACCCAAGCAUACAUUCUUUUUUAUACACAAAGAACUAUACAGGGCAGAGCAAGUAUCUCAGAAACACAACUUCAAGCUCAGGUGCUGUCUAAACACAAUGUUAGAAGACUGACACUCCCCUGAAAGGAGACAUUAUUCUCAAUCAACUGAUUCUUUUUCAAACGCCUUUGGAAUUAAUUCAGCUAGGCAGGAACAAAUACUGUUGCAAGAAUUUUGGAUCCACCUUCUGGAAAAAUUGUCGUCCUAUUAUGUGCAACUUUGUUCUAUAAGAUUGUAGCAGAACAUCUAUUUUUUUUAAAAAGGCAGAUGCAUUUGUAAACCCUUCCUCCUCCAAGCAAAGAGUAACAGCCUCCAAUGUGUACGACCAUUUAUCUUCUUUCAAAGAGGAAUAGCUAUGUGGUAUGAAAAAGUAGGUACAUUCAAAACUUCUGUGUACAGCCAGGAUACAAAGCCAUUAAACUGACCAUAAAUCUAUACAUUACUUAAGAAAAUAUAUGAAUAGUAGAAUUCUAUCUCUGUUCUGUUGAUGUGGUGAACUGUUGUUGCACCUCUUGGUGAAAAUGACUCACCAAUUAUCAUACAUUGUUCUUUCCAACCAACAUAAUUUAGGUAGAUAGAAUUGUACUAUGCAAAAACUCUAAAACUCUUAAUGAUUUUUCUAAACUGGGAAAAUAUGCUCAUUGGUCCUUGUUUAUAUCUUUCGGGCAACAAAUGUUUGUACCCUGCAAUUACUCCAAAUUGUUAGAACGAACAAAAGUGGAAAUUAUAUACACAUCUGUGUAAUUUGUUGUAUACUUCAAUUUGAACCUGUGCUAGAAAUUACAAGUACUGUUUUUCUUCCCCACCUAAUCUUAACAAGACAGCUACGUAAACUGAAUUUUCAACCUUUUCUUGUGUAAUUAUAAUAGUUAAUAUGGGAUACAUUACUUUCAAGACUUUCAUCAUCUACUGUUUAUCUUAUGAUGAUCAGUGCAUGAAUAGGUUUUGUGAAUCCAUUCAGGUUCACAGUGAAGCGUAUGUUUUUAGUACUACUGAUGCAUUGUUCAACAAACACAGAUUUUUUUAAAAUCAACUCUCUCUAAAUGCAUAAAACAUUUGCAUAUACAAGAAAAAAUGGUCAGGAAUAUAGUAGCUAUUAGUAACAAGAUCAUUUCACCCUAAUAACCUUCUUUUCAUGACCAUUUUUCCAUUCAGUUUUCCCUUUGUUGUGUUUUUGGGAAGUUCAGAGAGGUUUAUUUUGGAGUCUUACGGCAAAAGAGAUUGCAGCUAAAUUGUGCAUCUAUAUUCUCUUUUCCUUCAGUUGCUGUUCUUGCUGUUUCAGAGACAUAAUACACAUACAGUUCUGGAAAUCUAACAGUAAAAAUCUAGCAUACGGUAUAUCUUAAAGGAAAAGCCCCUGACCACGUCACAUAGACUUUAAAUAUCACUAACAUCCAAUUUAUCAUGACUACUUUUCACUGUUAACCUUUCAUGAUUAUCACUAUUUCAGUUCUUUGUGAAGGGCAUAUUUGGACAAUAUAAACCUCACUGCAGCUAAGCAGCUUGCUGCCUUUCAGUUAAGAAAUACUGAUGUACAGCAUACAAAUCCCAUGUUAUUCACUUAAGAUACAUGAAAUGGACUCUUGCUGGUUUGUACAAAGCUUUAAAAAAUUCACAGGAUCUUUAAUAGCUGACUAUUUGUACUAGCCAACCAAUAAUAUAAAUUGCUGUGUAUAAGAUUCAGCUUUCAGCAGGGUGGGAGAAAUCAAUGUCUAUGGAGAUAUGUAACAAGCCCAACUCAAAUUUGGUAGUGUCAAGCUGGAGGUUUUUAAAAACAAAAAUGGACAUGGUUCUGGCACAUGAAGUGUUUAUGUGCUUUAAUGUGGUAAUUCUGAAUCGGUAUUUCAGCAAAAUCCUGGUGAAAUUGAAUCAAAAUAAUUAAAGAAAAACCUACCAACUUGUCUCUUCACAUCCUGCUAGGGAACAAUAUUGGAAGUCCAUGGGAUUGUUAUACGCAGUGUUAGUCUUGACCCUCUGAUUCGCUUUCUGAUUCUAUCAAAUUAUAUAGUCUCCAGUCAGACAGAUAGGAACACGCAGAGCCCAGAUGUGACUUAUAAAACAACAUAAUUGCAAUUCUAGAAAGUUUUCUUUUAGCAGAAGCAUUCUUGAUAAUAAAUUCACAAUUCAAGUACUGUAAUUAUUAAGAGACAUUUAAGGAAUGUAAAAUAACUUGAAUCAAGGAGCAGAGCUUUUCUUGCUAGGAUUGACUUUGAAUGGUGAAGUAAAGUACAAAAAUCAGCACAAUUAUUUUUUACAGCAUGAAAAGCUUUGUAAGGAUUAUCUCUAGGAAAGUUAGUUGGGGCUGAUGUGCAGGCCUCACUUAUUUUGCUUCAAUAUUAUCAUUAUUUCAGAUUAUUCCUCUAUUCAAGAAUCUCAAAACAAAAAUGAAAGGUGGCCAUUUUUAUAAAUCAAGAUCUUUCAGCCACUGCCAUUUGUACUUACCCAUUCUUUUUUCCUCCCAUUAUUUGUUUUCUUACUGUCUUCCAGAUUGAGUGCCAUAAAAUAUCUUGCUCUCCCAACUCCACCACACCCCAAUAAUUCAAAGCAUGACCAAGAAUAUCUUGCAUGUAAGAUUCCAGUUGUUUCUACUCUCAUAAAGAAAAAAAUACUGCCUGGCAGCUAAACUAAAAUUCUGAGUGGGUUCUCAGUGGCUCUAAUUCAUGGAUUCUGUGAGAGAUUUGAGUUCUUGAGAUCUCUUAUGUGCCCAUCGCCUUCUAUCUUGUCCUUGCAGGAAAUGGCUGAUGCAGAAUUUAUCAUUGUGAGGUAUUCAGAACUGUAGAUGCCUCAAAGGUUACCCACCUCCAGAAAAAGUAAACGUAGAAAGAUUGAGCAAAAGCUGGCACAGCUUCAAUUAAUACUGUUUUGAGUAUUACAUCCAUAUUUGAACAAAUAGGAACAUCUGACACUUAUAGGAGAUAUAUGAGGAAGAUAAUAGAGAGGUGGGUGUAUUAAUAGCCAUGAAUGUUUUACAUUUCCCAAGAUUUGAAAAGUCAUAGUCUCUCAUGUGAGUAAUAGUGCCAUGGGAUAUAAAAAUGUGCAAUUAAGAGUUAUCUUGAAAGAUGGAAGUAACUUAACUUUUGAAUUCAGCUUGCUGUUCCCAACACUGUGAGGUUUCUGUAAUAUUAGCUUUUAUUUGGAAGCGAUAGUGUAUAGCAUUUUAUGCUGUUUCUUUUAUAUCUGCUGCAAGCAGUGUUCUUGCUAUUCUUUGUACACUGUUUUAAAGUGUCCUGGUUGGCAGAAAAUGAAAUAAUUGAUUUCUAUCUAUUGUCAUUAUAAUCGAAGCCUAACAGAAUAAUAAAUACCAUGUCUUCCCUUAUUAUUUUUUUCUCUAGCCACAUUCAACUCCUUUCCUUGCAUAUAUAUUAAUUGCAGGGCUGACAGGAUCAAUCAGCUCUGAUUUGAAAAUAUUUAUCAUAGAGUGAUUCAUUCACACAAAACAUAGCGUACCAGCAAAGAUAUGACUAAAAGCAUAUAUGUACCUGUUAAACCAUGGCAAGUAGUUUAGUCAUGUUAAGAGUUACAUGGUCCUAAGAAUGCUAACUAGGGAGCAAGCCCCUUAACUUGAGUAAUUUACUUCUGCAUAGACAUCUUUGGGAAACAACUUUUUAAUUUACUUACAAAAAUAAGCUGGCUACAUUUAAAACUUAAUCAGCUAAUUUUGUGCUUAUUGCCAAAACUAGUGAUGAAAAAUAAAGUUGAGUGAAGCAAUUCAGGACACAAUUUUUUAAAAAGCUAUCAAAUAGAUAUAAAUCUGAUUUUAUUAAUUUAAUAUACCUGUAUCUAUAAAAUUUGCAGAAGAAUAAGCAGCUCCUAAUAAAAAAUAAAUGUAUAAGAAGGAAAAGAAAAUAAUGGCUGUUUCCUGUUAGAUAACAAUGGAAAAUAUUACCAAUUUUAUCAAGCAAAUUAAUUAGGACAAUAUCCUAGCAUAUUUCUUCAUUGUACGAUAAAGCUGAACUAUGGAGACCUUUUUUAUUGCUGUUGCUUUUGAAUGAGCUGUUUUCAUUUACUUCAGGGAAAGUUUCAAUACACAGAAAUUAAAAUGCACAAGUAAAUGUGUUGUAUGGAUUCAUAAGGAGAUGCUAAGAAAAAAGCUUGUCUCUUUAUAUAUACAAUCUCUGAUUGUAAAAUUCCAUAUUUUAUGAAUGUUAUAUCUAAGGAAAGAAAGUGAACAAGUUAAUUUUGAAAUAAUAAUAAUCCCCAGCACAAAUUGCAGCUGCAUCCAACAGUAUUGCUGAUUAUUAUAUUUAUGGAUUGAGUGAAAGUUGGGUAUAGGAUUAAUUUUCCCUCCUGAUAAAACUUUAUGAACAAUUUUUUAAAGUUUAAAAUGGUGCCUUGUACCUAACUAUAUUUUGCAUGGGACACAAGUUUUUAGUUUCUUCACUCCCAGAUCUGAGUCUUUACAAUACUUAGGUAGCAGGUUUGGGUUUUUUAAAACAUUUCUUAUCUGUAUGUGAAUGGAAAAAUGUUUCCUACCAGCAACUUGAUGUAUUUUAUUGUAUAUGUCUAAAUACUGUAUUUCUAAUGAUGCAAAUGGUUUGCUCAAAAGUAGAUCAUUUUGGGUUGUGUUAAAUCUUUGUUGGUAUUUUUUUAUUUUUUUUAGAUAGGAUUAUUCCUCUUUAAGCAAGUAAUUCGUAAUUAAAACACAAAUGGUAAGAAUGCCUAGAGCAGCUUAUUGACAAAGCAGUUUGAAAAAGGCUCUUAAACUACUGAUUGGUGCCUUGCAUGAUAAUGGUUCUCUUUUGCCAUGAUGUUCUUUCUCUUCUGUUAAAGAUGAUAAUGACUCAACAUAUCUUCAUGCAGAUAAUACUUCAACAGUAUGAAUCAGGCAUAUAUGUUUCAGUAUAAAAAAGAUCAACCAUAUACUGAAUACUAUUUCAUAAAAUAAGACCUAACAUCUAGUUUCUAAUAACUGAAAAUUUUUUUUUAGAGAUUUUAUUAAUAUUUGUAGGCCGCCCUUUUCCCUGAGGGGACUCAGGGCGGCUCACAUAAAAUCGGGGAAGGGGAGAUACAAGAAUGCAAAAAUGUAUUCUUGAAUACAGUACUUUGAAUAAGAUUAUUCAUGGUUACUAUUGCAUAGCUGUAAUGUGCCUCUUUUGAGUUGUAGCACUUCUCAAUAGGGUCAAGACUGCCGGAUUAUUUGUAAUGCAGAGCAUGCAACAAUACUGAUGCAAGCUGAACUGUGCUCUUCAAAUUCACUUUAAAUUGGAUUGUAAAUGGAGAUGUUAAAUACGCUACCAAGUGUUAAAAUAUUUCAUUUGGACAGAAAGGUUUGGAUAUAUGCAUGCAUUAUCAGUUGAAUCUAAAAAUUCACAUUUCAAUUGCCACUGUUCCUUAGUAAAAUAAGAAUGGCCUCUUCUACAUAUUCAGCCCAGCAGUAAGGUGAAAAAAUGUUAUUACAUCUAUACAUUUAAUGUAAAAUUAUACUAUUGUGGAUGCUAUGUAAUACUCAUAAUACAUAGUGUGUUGUAAAAUUCCUUGCAAAUCCAAUACAGCAUGAUUGGAACUGAACACAAAUAUAAACUUGUUCCUAGUGCUGCUAUAAUCCUACACUUAAGGAAAAUCAAUUUUAUUACCUAGGAAUCCAGGAAAAUAGAAGAUGAAUAGUGAUAUAAUACCACCACUUAGGAAAUCCCAAUACAUAUACUGCAGUUCUGCAGAAUAAAUCAUUAACGAUUGGGAGACUUAAAAAUUUAACUCCUAGUAAGUGAAGUGGUAGUUGAAGCAGUCUGGGUUUAGAGUUGAUGUUAUUCCAGCAGCAGAUAGUAUUCUGCCAGCAAACACUUAAUUCUUUUCCCAUUCCAAUCAGUUCAGAGAAUUUAUUUCCAUAAAAUGUUAAGAUUUAGUAUAUUAGCCUUAUUAGACUAAAAUUAAGGAGUAGGCUUUAUUUCUACUUGCUUUUUGAAAUUGUAUAGAAAUUGCUUUUACUUAAAGUAUGCUGAAUGCUUGGAUUAGAUUGUGGGUUUUCAGUAUACAAAAUUCAAUAGGUCUUCUCUGAGAAUUGAUAUAUUUUGACACCAAAACAACCCUAUGUCACACUGAAAAGUUGAUUUUGAAGGCAUUUCCUAAAUGCAAGGAUUCUCUACUUUUUUCUUACUGCUAAUAUUAUUCUAACUGUAAGAGUAGCAAAAGUUAAAAAUUUAUCUUUUGGAAGAGUUAUGAGUAGUAAUUUACAGCUUCACUUUUUACUACUCAUAUAAUCUUAAUUAUCGAAGUGGUCUUAUUCUACAUUUGUGGUGUAUAUGAUACUGCCUCUCCUACAAGGUUUUGUAGAAUGGAAGUAAAUAAGAGGACAGACCUGUCAAUAUUCAGCAGUCUGUCAAUCUGUUUUUAAACUUCAUCUAACCUGAUAUGUUUAGGUGGAUUUAAAGUGUUUUUAUGAAACAGAAAAUGACAUUUUCUGUUCAUUAAGUACAGCUCUGACAGGAUUACAUUUUUUGUCCUUUUGUACUCUAAUUUUAUCUAUGAUGACUACUGAUAGAUUUAUUGGCUUGUGUUUCUUUUGGAUUAAGCUAUCUUUUAUCCAUAUUUUGAAAAAUAUUUCUGAUGAGAAAUCAUUCUGCUUUUGCUAACACAUUAAAAGAUGUUUUGCAAAGGCAGUGGCAAUCUUCCACUGCAAAACAUCUCAACUUAAAAAAAUACAUCUUUCAUAAAUAGUGUCCAGUUAACUUGAAAGACACAUAGAGCAAUUC